GUCAGAAAGUCAAAAGCAAAGGUUGAGAGAGAGUACCAUCACCACAUCAUGGGUAACUGGUGGUGGAGGAGCAAAGGAAUAACCUUUUUGUUGUCCCUUUUACCUUUGUUUAAAUACCUUGAUUUCUCCGUCUUUCUUGGAGACAAUCCAGCAACACAUGACUCUAACCAACUUCACCAACUACUAUUUUAAUUCCCAACAAAACAAUGCCUCUUUUAUUCACACUUCAACCUUGUUUUCAGUUUCAUUUCAGUAAUGGCAGUUCCUGCACCAUUCUCUCUUUCCUCUGAUCCCUUUGCUUCCAAACCUGCCACAUCAACGCUAAGCAGAUCUUUGGUUACUCCGCGCCGAAAAAGGGGAACUUUGAGCAUACCCAUUUCAGUUUCUUCACGGCAUUUAGGAGAAAUCAAGGUUGCACUUUAAAGGCUUCAAUGGGGCCUCCGGGAUUUACAGAGAAACUUAAUAACAACAAGCUAAAUACUUUAGUUGAUGCUGAAGAUGGGUGUGAUAUAUUUAAUGACCUGAAAGACAGGUUUCUAAAUUUUAAAAAGAAUAAAUACUUGAAAGACAUUAAUCACUUUGAAAAUCUUGCGAAGGUUCAAACACCAAAGUUCAUGGUUAUUGCUUGUGCAGAUUCUAGGGUAUGCCCCUCAAAUAUCCUGGGAUUUCAACCAGGUGAAGCAUUCAUGAUUCGCAAUAUUGCUAAUUUGGUUCCUACCUUUGAGAGUGGACCCUCAGAAACAAAUGCCGCUUUGGAAUUUGCUGUGAACUCCCUUCUGGUUGAGAACAUAUUAGUCAUUGGCCACAGCUGCUGUGGCGGUAUACGUGCCCUGAUGAGUAUGGAAGAUGAUGAUGUUGAAAAAAGUUUUAUAAAAAGUUGGGUCAUUGGUGGGAAGAAGGCAAGAACAAAAGCCAAGGCUGCUGCUUCUAACCUCAGCUUUGAUGAGCAGUGCACGCAUUGUGAGAAGGAAUCAAUCAACCAUUCCUUGUUGAACCUACUUACUUACCCCUGGAUAGAAGAAAAGGUGGCGAAUAAAGAACUCUGUAUUCAUGGUGGUUACUACAACUUCGUUGACUGUUCAUUUGAGAAAUGGACACUUGAUUACCGGGGAACUAAGUUGGAGGAAAAUGGCAGAAUUGCUGCCAAAAACAAAAUAUUUUGGCGUUGAAGUUUGAACAUUUAUUUUCCUGUGUAAUGCAUCGAAGUUUGCUAGAGUUUUAAGAAGCAUAGGCCGAGUUAUGUAUCUUGUAGUAUUUAUUAGAUAGUAUAUGGAUUGAUUUGAAUAAACCCCUACCAGGUGAGUGUGUCUGUUGUAGCAUUUUGAAGAAACGUUGAGGUCAUAAUGUACUCUUGGUUUGAUGAAAUCUAUGUUAUUUGAUUCCCUCUCAAA